AUGGCCCAGGACGUCGGCGAAGUAGUGGACCGCGGUAUUGGAGACUCCCGUAAUGGGGAUGACGAUCUCGCUGGCGUUGUCGGCGCCGAGGUGCUCCGUCUCGAACAGAUGUUUGAAGAAGCGCGACGCGUUGGUGAGAUCCUCCUUGGAGAUACGGUACCGAGGACCCCGGUCCGCCUCGAGAGUGACACUGAUGCCGCCGGGGUGCUCGCAGUGGUUGGGAUGGAAUAUUGGUGGUCUGUUCAGCAUUGCGUCGUUUGCCUCCAGCGACAGCCAACAGCUUAUGCAGAUAUAGGUCUCAAGGUCAUCGGGUUCUUCAUAAGAAGGAGGUGGGACAGAGGUUUCAGCCCCAUCUCCACACCCCGUCGACAGAUGGUGUGUACAGAUUCCCACCAAUGA